CGUCAUCUCAUUACAGAAGCGAAGAGGACUGAAGCUGUUAGUAGCCUACUCCUGAUCGGUCAACACAUAUUAUAGCAUCAUGAGUCAGCGGACGGAGCGCCGGGGGGGGAUACACGUGGACCAGUCGGACCUGCUGUGCAAUAAGGGAUGCGGUUAUUAUGGCAACGCGGCAUGGCAGGGCCUGUGCUCAAAGUGCUGGAGGGAGGAGUACCAGCGGGUACGACAGAAACAGAUCCAGGACGACUGGGCCUUGGCAGAAAAGUUGCAGCGGGAGGAAGAGGCCGCAUAUGCCAGUAGUCAGGGAUCACAGACACAGUCCACAGCAGCACAACCACAGCCGGGGCGCGCCUCUCUGGGACCCUUCUCCAAGUUUGAGGAGAAGAAGACCAACGAGAAGACACGGAAAGUGACCACAGUUAAGAAGUUCUUCAGCCCUUCGUCACGCACUGCUAACAAGAAAGAAAACCAAGAGAGCAAGACACCCAGUCCGUCAAUUAGCCGCCAUGCCAGCUUCGAGACAGACCAAGUGUCCAAGGACUUUGUGGACUUCUUGAAAAACCUCCAGAAGCCUGGCCGGGACAUCCAUAAGCAGUGCCGAGCCUUCAUUGUCAACAUGUCAAACAAGAAGGAUCUGGGUGCUGACGAGCUGUCGGAGUGCGUUCAGGAUUUCUACCAAAACUUGGCCGACCGCUUGAUGGGUCACUUUAAAGGCUCGUCAGAGUCUGUGGAGCAGGUGAUGGACCAGGUGGAAAAGUACAUAAUGACUCGUCUGUAUAAGAGCGUAUUCUGUCCGGAAACCACUGACGAUGAGAAGAAGGACUUGGCCACACAGAGCAGGAUAAGGGCGUUACACUGGGUGACCAUCCAGAUGCUGUGCGUGUCUAUGGAUGAAGAAAUCCCUGAAGUCUCUGAGAAUGUGGUCAAAGCAAUAACAGAUAUCAUUGAGAUGGACUCGAAGAGGGUUCCUCGGGACAAACUUAGGUGCAUCACGCACUGCAGUAAACAGAUCUUCAGUGCCAUCAGGACCACCAAGAACGAGCCGGCCUCAGCUGACGACUUUCUCCCAGCGCUCAUUUACAUCGUGCUCAAAGCUAACCCUCCUCGACUUCAGUCCAACAUCCAGUACAUCACACGCUUCUGUAACCCCAGCAGGCUGAUGAGCGGAGAGGAUGGAUACUACUUCACCAACCUGUGCUGUGCAGUGGCCUUUAUCGAGAAGUUGGACGCCCAGUCUCUCAACCUUUCCCCGGAGGAAUUUGAGCGCUACAUGUCAGGCCAAGCCUCACCGCGAUGCAGCAGCUCGGAGGGCGACUGGGCCCGGGCCGACCAGGCACCAGCCGCCACCAACCCGUUUCUGGCUCAGCUCAAUCACAACCUGGAGGUGCUGUCGGGCCUCAGCAGCCGGCAGGAGUCGCUGAUGGAGGCCGCUCACAGCCUGCAGGCCGACCUCCUCUCCUGGCCCCAGAGCGUGCAGCGGGAGGUCAACGGCAUCCUGGAAAAAUACCCGCUAGAGGUUCCGUCUCGCACCGUUUCCGCCAUCGAUGCCAACAACGUGGACAAUGACAACCUGCCACCGCCCCUCACGCCCCAGGUGUUUGCUGGGUAGUGGAGUCUACAAAGGGAGGGAAGACAUCUCACGGUACUCCUGCUUUGAAAAGGCAGCUUUUUGAGUUUGACGGUAACAUCCCAUACGCACUAAUCUGCUGAAUAGUUUGGAGCUUCUUCUGCACUUUAAACUGUGUGAACUUAUUGUCAGUUAGCUAGUUAGCUUGGAGAGCUUAUUUUUCCUGUCUUCAGUAACUCUUUAUUAAACGAAGCAAUGCACAGGCCUGGGAGCACGGCAGCUUGCUAGCACGUUAGCAGCUACAAAGCUACACAUACACUUUGCCACUUUCUGGGGUGACCGAGUCUUCAUGGUGAUCGGAUCGUCUGUAAAGCUCUCCGCUGCCACUGCUGCUCUUUCAUCCCAGUCGCUUAUUGACCAGUUUCUGGUUUGUCUGAAAAAAAAAUAGCAAGUAUAAUCUGCUGCAUGUUGGUGUGUCUGUUUAGGGCCAGUUGGACUUUUUUUUUUUACUUUUUAAUC